AUGAAGGUGAAACGACGUGUCAGAGCAUGGGAAGGUAGUCGUUCAACCCCAGCCAGUGAAUUUCAAACGGCCCAGUAUGAAUGGGAGGCCCAUGUGGUCGAGUAUGUGGACUUUGUCAGUUCGGCAACAUCUGUUCACCCCAACAGCAAGAGUGGGUCAGUUCCACCAAAUCUGAAGAGUAGCAUACCUUUUUAUGGCCCUCGAUUUACACCUCCAACAUUUUUGCAACUAGAGAAACGUAAACAUCUUCCAAAUGUGAAGCCUGGAACUGCUUACAUGAAGGAGAUAACCAUUGUCCACCCCUUCUAUUUUGACGGCCUUGAUCAAUGCCCGAGGU